UGUAAAAACCCUAAUCGACGACGGCUAGUAAGAUGAAUGACGGCGGAGCUAAACCGGAGACGCUGAUUAGGGUUGCAGAGAUCGGAGGAAGAGGAAGGAGUUUGGUGGCAGCACAGUCUCUUCGUGCUGGACAAGUUAUUCUGAGAGAGUCUCCUCUCCUUCUAUACUCUGCUUUCCCAUUUCUCUCCUCCUCUGUUUCUCCGUACUGCGACCAUUGUUUCCGUUUGCUAGCUUCUUCGGCGCAGCAGAAAUGUCAAUCUUGCUCUCUCGUCUCCUUUUGUAGCCCUAACUGCUUCGCCUCUCACACUCCUUGGCUCUGCGAAUCUCUUCGCCGGCUUCACCAAUCAUCCUCCUCUGCAUUCUCCGAUCAACCUUCUGAUCGCCAAGUCCAAGCUCGUUUCCUCCUCUCUGCUUACAAUCUCGCCGCCGCUUCUCCUUCUGAUUUCCAGCUUUUGCUCUCCCUCCAAGGUAAUGGAGAUUCUAGUUCUGAUUCUGCAGCUGCUGGCUUUCUUCAUUCUCUUUUAUCCGCCGUGUGUCCACCUCUCCCUGUCUCAGUCUCGUCGGAGCUCACGGCGGCUUUACUGUCAAAAGAUAAAGUUAACGCCUUUGGUUUGAUGGAACCGUUCUCUGUUUCGAACGAGAAGAGAUCGGUGCGAGCUUAUGGGAUUUAUCCAGAGACUUCGUUUUUCAAUCAUGACUGUCUUCCUAAUGCUUGUAGAUUUGAUUAUGUUGACUCUGCUUCUGAUGGUAACACUGAUAUCAUCAUUAGGAUGAUUCAUGAUGUUCCUGAAGGUAGAGAAGUCUGUUUGAGUUACUUCCCUGUGAACAUGAACUACUCGAGCAGGCAAAAGAGAUUGCUUGAGGAUUACGGUUUCAAGUGUGACUGUGAUCGGUGCAAAGUUGAGUCUAGUUGGUCGGAAGGUGAGGAAGAUGAGAAUGAGGUUAUGGAAGGGAUGGAUGAUGAAAAUGAAGAGGAAGAGAUGGAGGAUUCUGAAUGUGAGAAUGAAGGAGAAGUUUUUGGAAAUGGUGUGGAUGAUGAAUCCAGUUUCCCUCACGCUUACUUUUUUGUGAGAUAUAUGUGUGAGAAGGAGAAUUGUUUUGGCACUCUGGCUCCGUUUCCGCCGAAGAGUUAUGAGGCUUCGAAGGUUCUUGAAUGUAAUGUUUGUGGAAGUGUUAAGGAGGAUGAAGUUGGUGGAAAUCAGUGAGAAUGAGGUUGGCCACGAGCCAAUGUUUGUUUAUGUUGGCUUCCUCUCUACUUACUUUCAGAAAUCGGACUAAUCAUGCUUAAGACGAUUCCAAUCUUGUUUUUGUUUUUCUUCUUCUCCGAGUCGUAGUCUUCUGAGUGAGUUGUAAUGGUCUGUGUGUUGGAUAUGGGUUUCACCCAGCCUUAACAGGCUUUCCUGCAGACUCAUUAUCGAAACAGUCAACCCAAAAACCCAAGAAGACAAACCGGUUAAAUCCUACUUGUCGGGCCGAUCAAGCUCCUAGAAGGCCCAAUUAAGACGGACAGCCCAAUAAAUGACGGUCCGGAUAAGAACGAUCGCCGACUUUCCCACAUCGAUCCCGAGGCAGAGAGGUGAAACGUCCCAUCAGCUAUAAAUACCAGGGGAUCAGCUUGCAGAGAAGGGCAAGUAACAUCGGGCAAGAGUCAGGAGUAAAUCCGAUUCUAAGCUAUAGUUCAGUUAGUCAUUUUGAGAAGCACAAUUCUCUGUAAUUAGCCACCCGGCUUAUAACGGUUAUAUUGUAAUUCGACGAUCUUUGACUAUCUUAAUAAAAGUCCUUUGUUUCACCCUUUCUA